UUUCUCUGCCUACAGUCUCAUUUUCUUCCUCUUGUCUCCCAAGUUUAGAUUCAUAGUCUCAUCUUACAAGACACAUGGUGGCAAGAGCAGUAGCACGGUGGAGGCACAUUUCCACCGUGUUCCCCCCCUCCCCGUCAACAAAGCCUUCACAUCUACAGGCCUAUAAAAGCCCUUGUGGUCGAGCUGUCGCUGCUUAGUAGAGUUUAAUCUGCACUUCUGCAAACAAAAUGAACAGUAAGGUUGACUUGAAGGCAGCGAACAAAGUAAGCACUUCCACUUUGGUUGCUUUUCAAGAGGAAAAAUCCGCGACACUGUUGAUGACUUGCCGCCCUUUAGUUCUUACUUCUUUUUACCUGCAGUGCUGUUUGGUUUGAUUUCCCUCAUGUCUUCAAAGGAAAAGCUCCUGAAACAUCAGCAGCACUUGCAGAGACAAAGAGACGCCAUCGCCUACAGGAUGAAGAAACUGGCAGCUAAGCAGGUGGAGAUCACGAAAAAGACCGAGACGGUGAAGGAGAAAAUCAGGAAGAAGUACGAGGAAAUGAAGUGGGUUUUGGAGGAGGAUCUUCGGAUCACGCUGACUCAGCUGGACACGGAACACAAGGCCGCAGAGACGCUGGUGGAGGAGAAGAUAGAGGACUGCUACCACCUCACACAGGAACUGGACCAGGAACUGGCUAAGAUUGGUGCUGAGGUGAAAACACAAGAAAGUGACAUUCAGAAUGCAGAAACAGAAAAGAGAAUAUCUGAAAUGUUGAAACAAACCGACCCCGACCUGAUUCAGACGGAUGAGUUCAAGAACGAACAGCUGCUGAGUCUUACUAUUAAUCUGCUGCUGUUCAUCAGAUCCCAGGUCCCUGUCACCAAGAAGCUGUUUCAGAGCUACGCAGCAGAUGUCAUCCUUGACGCUGACACUGCCCACCCCAAGCUGAUCAUCUCUCCCAAAGGCGAUUCAGCUACAUACACAGAAACCUGGCAGGACGUCCGAGAGAUCCCCUCUCGCUUUGACAACACCCUGAACGUAAUCAGCAAGGAAGGCUUCAGCGAAGGCCGCCACUACUGGGAGGUGGAGGUGAGCGGGAAGACCUACUGGGAGCUGGGCCUCACCUAUCCCAGCAUCCCACGGCAGGGCCGCGAGGAGGAGAGCUGGCUGGGCCGAGGCAAGGAGUCGUGGUGUGUGGAAUACUUUAAUGGAGACUACACUGCGUGGCAUAAUGGUGUUCAGCAUGAGCUGCCUCUGCUGGCAGGAAGACAGUUUUCCCGUAUCGGGGUAUACUGCAGCUUCCCUGGGGGUUUGGUGUGCUUCCUGGGAGCUGACACCAUGACGCCGUUCCAUUGCUUCUGCUCAGGGACCUUCACUGACAUCCUGCAUCAAGCUCUCUGCCCUGGGCACGACAACGAAGGCACAAACUGGAAGUCCCUUCAAAUUUGCGAUGCUUCCCGCUCAGCUCCUGUUCUCUGAGGGAGCGGAAGGAAGGAAUGUGUCUAAACAGGGGGGGCAUCAGCUGCCUCAUCUGACAUUCUUAAAACCUGACACAGCCUCGGCUCUGGAUGCUGAGUGUGUCAGGCAAGUCUAAAUUUGCUUAAGGGAAUUUUAAAGCGACUCGAUUUUAGAUUCACAGUCAUUCAGUUGCAGGCCUCCCUUUAUAGCGGACACGCCAAACUUAACAUGCAGACUUGAGUGCUAUCAAAAUAUAACAUAGUGGUUAUUUUUAAAUGUUUAUUCUUACUGUCAUGAUUAACCAUAAUAUAGAGAUGAAAAACUGCAAAAACAGAUGUGAGAAUGGCACAGAGAAAAGUGUCGCAAAACACUGAAUUAAUUAUUUGUAUGUAUCUGUCAUUAACACUAAUAACAAAUCCCACGUAAAGCCCAAAAUUAAGCCUCUUAGCCUGUCUGGCAAUAUUUCUCAACUUUACUAUGGUCUGUGGUUCUCAGCCUCAAGCCAAUCUUAACAGACACACUUUUUUUACUUUUCACUCUUAAAAAAUGCUAAGUCACCUCCUACAACAAUUGGCUGAAGUAGUUUUUAUUAGGUGUUACAAAAACAUGGCUGAAUUGUGCAUGUGCUGGGGUCUAUUUUUCAGUGUGCAAUAUGUGGAAAUAUGUAAAACAAUGUGCCUGUGAUUCUGGUAAUAAAUGAAUAAAUGUAAUCAAGAGAUAAGUAAAGAAUAUCAUGAGCCUAAUCUGAUAAGUGUAAAGAGCAAGACGUUUUUCUACCAUGUAAUGCAUGAAUUCAUGAAUUCUAAACCAAACACUGAGUGUAACUUAUGAAAAUAUUUCCAAAUCCAUUUAAUUUC